ACCAUCUUGACAAAGGUUUAUAGAAGAAUAUUCUAUUAACAGCCUUUUGUUUGAUUCAUAGAAUCAUUAACUUUUUCUUAUUUCUUUGAUAAAAAAGGCCGUUCUUUUUUCUUUUUAUCAAAUUCUCCACAAAUUUCUUUCUUUAGUUGUUGGAGGUUUCGUUCAUUUAGUUUGCAUCGUUCUUUUUUAAGAAUUUUUGUAUCUUCUUUCUUUUCAUUUCCAUACUUUUUUUUUUUUUUUAUUUUCGGUGCCAAGUAUGAACUUUUUGCAGUUUUUGGCACAUUCGUUCGCUUUACUUUCGAUCGGACGCAUCGUUAGUGCCAGUACCCCUCAUAUUGAGGUUCGUGGUAAUGCAUUCUUUAAUAGCGAAUCUAAUGAGCGUUUCUAUCUUCGUGGUGUUGAUUACCAACCGGGGGGUUCUUCGUCGACAACUGACCCAUUGGCCGUUACUGAGAACUGCAAGCGUGAUAUCCCUUAUUUGAAGGACUUAAACGUCAAUACUAUUCGUGUUUAUCAAGUAGACAACACUGCCAAUCAUGAUGAAUGUAUGAAGGAACUUGAAGAUGCUGGUAUUUAUGUCCUUUUGGACUUGGCAACUUCUAAAAACUCCAUCUCUCGUUUGGAUGCCGCUUCAAGUUAUAAUGCCAUUUACUUGCAAGGUAUCUUUGCUUCUAUCGAUGCCUUUAAGGAUUAUAACAACGUUUUGGGUUUCUUUGCUGGUAACGAGGUUGCCAAUGAGCCCAAGAACGCUGCUACUACUACUUGGGUCAAGGCUGCUCUCCGUGACGCCAAGAAAUAUAUCAAGAAUAACUCGAAGCGUCAAAUUCCUGUUGGUUACUCCGCUGCAGAUGUUGCUGAAAUCCGCGUUCAAUGUGCUGACUUCUUUGCUUGUGGUGAUGACGAUGAGGCCCGUGCUGACUUUUAUGGUAUGAACAUGUACGAAUGGUGUGGUUCGGGCUCUAGCUUUAGCCUCUCUGGAUAUGAUCAACGCAUGAAAGAUUUCGCCAAUUACUCUAUUCCCUUAUUCCUUUCUGAAUACGGUUGCAAUACGGUUAGUAUUGAAUCUGACGGUACCCCUGAUCGUCCUUUCAACGAGGUGGAUGCCCUCUUUUCCGACAAGAUGGCUUCUGUCUUCUCUGGUGGUUUGGUUUAUGAAUACACUGAAGAAGGAAGCAACUAUGGUUUGGUCACCCUUAAUGGUAACUCUGUCAAAACUAGCAAGAAUUACGAAGCAUUAAAAGAAAAGUAUAGCAAAGCUGCCAAAUUUGCCGGUGACGGUGGCUACAACAAGAAUCCCAAGCCUCUUAGUUGCCCACCUAAUGAUGAAAACUGGUCGAGCUUCCCUCUUCCUGAUACUCCUUCUCAAGCUGAACAAUUCAUUCAGCAUGGUGCAGGCCAACCUUUGGGUUUAAAUGCUCCUUCUAACCAAGAAGGAAGCACCAAUGCCACUGCCCUAGUUAGUGCUGGUCCUCAUUCUUCUUCCACUAGUGUUGACGUUAAAGCGAUCCCCCAUACUCAAGCUAUACAAAGCACAACGAGCUCUUCUGGUUCUGCCUCUUCCACCGGCAGUAACGUGAUAAGCUCUGGCUCUGUCUCUGGCUCUGGUGCUGCUAUGAGCGCUAAUGGUAGUACAUCUGGUUUUAAUACUAGUACCGUCUCUGGCCCCGCCAAGUCUGGCUCUCAUUCUGGUAGCGAGUCUUCUUCUGCCCCUAGCCGUCAAAUGGCUGGUGUUUCUAUCGCUGCUCUCCUUAUUGGAGCGAUGACAUUCGUCAUUUUGUAAGGUAACUUGGGUUUUGAUAUCUUCCUUGACAGUGUAUAGCAUCAACAUACAUAUAACUGCAUUUCUGUUUGCAUCUAUUGCAUAUAGUUCAUAAGCAUUGGCAUAAUCAUAUUCAUAUAAAAUCAUAUUUAAAUCUUUUCCUUUCUUACUUU